UAUCAUAUGAUGAGAAACGAAUAUCCUAAAUCACUUACCCACUCCUAUUCAUGAUCUCCAAUGAUUUUAAAUAACUAAAGAUUCACUCUGGUACUGAAGGUAUCAGGCGAGCAUAAAUACAAAACACGCAACUCUCAAAGAAAAGAAUUCGGAUCACCGGCGCAGAGAACACCAUUUUACGAGUAUUUAUUGUCUCGUGGAUACGUAUUACACUACGCCAUUCGACCCCACCGUACCUGUGAGGCGAACGGUCACCCGCUGGGGGCACUCGAGGGGUGCGAACCACUAACGCCACCCCCCAGUCAUCUACACAAGUCGAACACACGUGGAUUUAUCCACAGAUAUGUUCAAUUCCGAAUAAUACGUGCCACUUUCGUGCCGUCGUCUCCUCUGGAGUACGACAUAAAUGUUAUGGAAUUUCGGGGUAUAACAGUGUCUCGUUCUCGGGUACAUCAGGGAUAUUGCCACGGGAUGUGCAUUUGCACUUUGGAGAGUCUACGAUGUUGAUCCGAGGUAAAGGCUCAGCGAGGCGGUGCACCCCCAUACAACCCCUACAACUGCAGCUACAUCCAGCCAUCGGUUCACAACGCAUGCGAAUUGAUGCUCACAAUGUUGCGCCGACGUACAACCCACCCUCGGCGAUAUACUUUUCGAUCGACUUGGCGACGGCCAGAAAAGUGAGGAGCGAAGUGAAAAGGACGAGGUGGGUUUGUAAAAUCAGCGAUGGCGUUACCACCAGCAUCAGAAAUCCCAGCUCCAGUCGCCUAGACUUACCCGACAUUCGACAAUCAGCUCAUCUCCAGUUGUCCAGGUGUCCAGGUGCCCCAAGGUUCGUCAUUCAGGACUCGCCGAGUUGAUUCCCCCGGGCAUGUGUCAUCCACCAACAUCAGGAACACGAAUGUCGGCGUUAUACGGCCGCCGACGGUCCGCCGACAGUCGCCCAUGAGACGUUAAAAAAUUGUGAAAUUCUGAGUCUGGAGUGACAAAGUGUUUCUCCGAUAAUUGUGAGUCAUAUCGACAUGAGUUACAUCGACGACGACUUCAUCUGCCUCGAGGACGUGUUCACAUUUCUGAUGUGAAUUCACAUUUUAAAAUUAAACGAAUAAUAAAUUGUGAAUCUCAUGGCGUAAUUAAAUCCCUCCCAAUAAUGGCACUUCAUUAUUGGAAAAAAUUGAUUCAUUCAGUGGACUCAUAAUUAGU